CCAAUUUGCCGCUGCUUGCUAUUCUAAAAGAAACGAGCCAGGGACUGGAUGACUUUGUUUUCUCUGGUAUUCGUGUCCUCAUCAGGGGGAAAGGCCAUUCCAUCAAACACACAACCCUAUCCACACGUUCAGCGUUGGGUAAAGAUUAUAAAGAAGCGAGUCAGAGCAGAGCGCCUUUUGCAGCAAUGCUUCAAGGACUCGACGCCAGUCCUACUUCGAUAAUUAGUGACGUGAGGGAGUGUACCUCUCUGUUGCAAUAGCUGUCUCUGUCGCAAAAUGGUGGAAGGAAUUGUCUAGCCUUGUUCGCAUUCUUGAUUUGAGGAGCAGGCGGACGAUGGACCUUUGAUUCGAUUUUGAGUGAGUUUUGGGAGGACCAGAUGGACAAAAUUAUUAGCUGCACACGAAAUGUUUUCCAGUUUAGCUCUCGUGAUCGAGGCAGAGGAAUCAAGACAGGAAAAUGUAAACGAUAGAUAGACCGUCACGUGUUUUCUUCUGAACCUGCUUAGUGAAGAACUUGAUGAAUACCCUAGGCUGACUGCAGACUGUCGCAUAUUUAGAUGAUUUUUCUUUCUUUCUACAAAUGACUGCCGGUGGUGAUGAGCGCGUUAACCCACCUCUGGACUCGUACUGGGCACGAGACAUACAAUCGAAGGAGGACAGUCAGCUUGUCGGUGUAGCCAUAUAUACUUGUACCUCAAGACAGUUGCAGGCGCUUGGCUUUAAAGGGAAUUCAAGAUAAGGUCAAGGAGUAUACCGUUUUGUUAAACUGCCACUGAUUGUCUGUGGGAUGUAUUAGUGUGCGCCCUAUAUGUGAGUACCAACGCAUCAUUUCUGCGUUUGAGCCAUUAGCGCCGCCAGCAUGGCGACUCCUAACCAUCGCGACCGGAACAAUCUUGAUCCGGAUGUGAAACUCGUAAACCUCGAAAUCUAUGACGCAAUUAAGGAGAAACAUCUCGUCAAGCUGAUCGACUUGCACCAAAAUAAGAAAGCCCGUCCAAAUUUCAACGAACCAUUUGGCCCUGAGGUUCGGGAUGACUGCAAUUGGGGUAUGUACCCUUUGCAUCUCGCUUGCAAAUUAGGACAUCUGGAAAUUGUCCGGUUUCUUCUGAGCAUAAACUGUGACGUGAAUGCCAAAACGACUUUUAUUCAUCGCUCACCGUUGAAUUAUACUGUGAGGAAGGGGCACAUGGCUUGCUUUCAAGUCAUCCUUGACGCCGGUGCCAACAUUGAUGAUCGUGACGUCACAGGAAGUACCUGCUGCCAUUAUGCUGCGACGGCCGGGCACAGUCGGAUGAUAGACAUUCUGAUUGGUCGCGGUGCAAAUGUUGAUAUUCGAGACGUCAGGUUUAAGACGCCACUGAUGAAAGCUGUGGUAAACGGUUACUUGGACGGCGUGAAUAAAUUCAUAAAAGCAGGUUGUCAAGUGGAUGCGCAAAACACUGAAGGCGACACAGCUCUCCACAUCGCAGUCCGCUUGGGCGAAAUUCAAAUCUUAGAACGUCUGCUGAAGACAGGCACGGACACUGACCCGAUCAACCGCAGCGGGUACACACCUCUUAUGGACGCCAUCAUCUACGGACAGACGGACUCGGCCUGCAUGCUUAUACACGCUGGUUGCGACUUAAACAAGCAGGAGCCGAAAGGGGGCAAUACUGUCUUGCAUAUGGCGGCCAUUCGCGGAAAUGACGUCAUGGUGAGGAUUUUGAUGGAAGCUGGUUGUCGGCAAGACAUCUUCAACAACAAUGGGGAAUCGGCUGCCUAUUAUCCAAUCUAUAAAAACGAAGUCGACAUGGUCAAAGUCCUGGCAAAGUGCAACUACAACUUGGACAUUCCCGCCAUUUCAAAACCUGGGUUCGACGUGCCAGAGAUUUCGCUUUACCAGAUUGCAGUUGAAAGAAACCACUGGGGGAUUUGCUGGCUUCUUCGCGAAGUGAAUUGCGGGUACAGUUACACGCACCCUGGUGGCGGCGAGGCGAAGGAUAAGUCUGGUUAUCAUGGCAACGUGCGAGGCUUUAAUACGUCGCUGAAGCAAUUGUGUCGCAAGAGCAUCAGGAACGCACUCGGCCACAAGCUAGCGUCAGUUACUGAUGACCUCCCCUUGCCAACAGUCCUAAAGGAAUACAUUCUACUCAAGGACAUCAUUCCGUAAGAUCUGAUAGACAUCACGCCAUCUACGAAUACCAUCAACGGACUAUGCCUUCAAGAAAGAAAUCGAACAUCUGCAUCUUUUUGCUUCAUAGCCGGGUCACACUAUAUGACCGACCUCCCUGGUCACGCGUUCUUAUAGUACAAGGAUGCUCUGCACAUGUCAUCGGUAGUUAAUCCCCUUCCUCCCCCCCCCCCCCCCCCCCCGGCUAUGUUCCUUCUCGUUGCUUCAUACCCACAGGCCAUUUUCGUAAACCAUUUUUGUGCUCAUGUUCGUAUCACAUGUUGUGGUAGAGACGGAUGUAAAUUCAGAGAGAUUUGUUGCUUGCCGGACUACGAUCGGAAGAAGGUCAUUAUCUUGUUUUGUCCGAUGAGUGUGACUAUCGUCUACUGGACUAUAUUAUCAUUUUUUUACAGACUUUAGACAUUCCCCUCAAAAUGCUGUGGCAAAUCUCUCAACCCAUACAUCCAUGUGUAAUCGGAUUUCUCCUCGGGAGAUCGGACAGGACCGUAGUUUGCUGGACAGACUUCGGAUCGUCUCAGUCUGAAGGGUACUGUAGCCUCUGUCUAUUUAAUUUGUCAUUGAGCUCUCAACGAAAGCCGUGAUAAAUUUUUGAUGAAACAUGCCAAUUUAUCGGCGAUGUGCAACAAUCCUCAGGUUACUGACUCCGUGAAGGACUGACACCGACGCACAACGCCGGUACCGGUAGACAGCCGUGUGUACUGAAAAAAAACUCCAUAGCUGGGAGUGAAGUCAUUUCCAAACUACUGAUAUUAACUAUGAUCGACAAGUCUAUACAAGGAGUUGGUAUUCACGGUAAUUGAAAUAUUUUGUGCGUUGUUCAUUAUGUAUUCAAAAGUUAAAAUAUCCAGCUGCGCUGGUCUUCAGUAUCAUAGAACACGAUUGUAUUUAUGGCCAUUUUAGUACAAUAUGGAUUAUUUUUGCACUUAGUAUUGUAACUAAUGCAUGUUAGGUCAAGCGUCUUUGAGACAAGGGUUUCCUCAAGAGGAGAGAUUUAUCUCAAUGCGGGUGUUCCACCAGCUCUCGACAUGUUCCUGUCACCUCCCGGUACGUUGCCGAACUCACUGCAUGAGAGUUCCCGUCAACUCCCAACAAGAUCCUGUCACCUUCCCCGACACUUCCCGUCCUCCCUACAUGGGGGUUCCUGUCGUCUCCCAAUAAAUUCCCAUCACCGGUUCGAGAAGCCGAUGAAACACCCGCGUACUAACGGAGGUAGUGAGUGCAUGGGCGUUACCAGUCGUCAAAGAGAGCAGUGACGUUAUGGUGACUGAGCGCUACCAAUAUUUUGCAUGUCGGCUCGCAUAUGCUAGUGCACACUACUUAGUCUCCGACCUCCAAUACUUGAAAUGAUAAAGAUAAGAUAUUUAUUUUAAAA